AUGGCAGGAUCCGCGACGGGCAACAGUACCACCAACAGCACCGCUGCUGCGUCCAAGAAGAAGAAGAAGAGCGCUGUCAAGACAAAGAGCAAAAAGAAUGAGAAUCCAACGAACAACCAUGCCAACCGCGUGGUCCCUCCUCCGUUGUUUCCUCACCCCAUGGCGGCUGCAGCUAGAGGCGCCAUGGGCAUGAUGAUGCGACCACCUGUGCCACCCAUGAUGGGACUUGCAGCAGUACCACCCAUGAUGGUUCCUCCCAUGGCCAUGCGACCAGCUCCCUUUGCUCCUAACACGAACCCUAUGUUUCAGCAACAACAACAUCAUCAUCAGCAAAUGGCCAUGAUGUGUGCCCAACAAGCGCAGCAACGAACCUUCAUGGCGGCACAAGCGCAGAAAUUGGAACAACAGAAAGCCGAGUUGGCCAAGAAACAGCAAGAAAUGGAUCAGCAAAAGGCCGAAUGGGAUGUCCAACAAGAAUUAGAAAAAGAAAAACAAACCAAGAAAAAAGCCAAAAAGACACCCAAACAUAGAACCAACAAUCCACAGCUACAAAUACUAGUAGAAGCUGCUGCUCGUCCUACUGCUACUGCUGCUGCGAAUACUGCUAAGGAUCAUUCAGCAGCAGAAGAAGAAUCACCUCCACCUAUUAUUAGAGACAAGCAAGGAAGAAAGCAAUGGAAACAAUUGACAUUUGAGCAACGCAAAGCGGCCUACUUCGCCGUCCAAAAACGACUGGCGUAUACACCUGCGCUUCCCACAGAACUCAGUUUACCAAGAGGCAGUAUCCGACGAGUCGCGGAAGAAUUUGGAUGCAUGCCUUCCACCAUUCAACGCAUUUGGCGUCUUGUCAAUGCCAGAAUUAAAUCCAUAUUACAAGGAAACAAUCCCAACACAGAGCAACCACAAGAAGACGACCAAGAGGAGGAACACGACGACAGUCACCUCAUGGGAACACUUCACUAUUUUGGAUUGACGGAACAAUCGCAACUCGAUCUCAUUUUGAGACAUCACGAAAAGGCACUGUUCAAAAGUGGCGCCGCCAAUCGCAAAAAGGGAAAAUCCAAAUGGGAUGCCGCACAAAUCAAACAGGCCAUGGAACAGAUUCCACUCGCGGAACAACGCAGUAUACGAUCGCUCAGUCGGGCCCUUAAUAUUCCCAAUGGAACGUUACACAAACUCAUGAAAGACAAUCAAUGGCUGAUUCCCGAACAACGACAGAAAAUUACAUUCUCACAAGCCAAACAGCAACUCGCUCAGACAACAACCAAUAGUAAGAAACGCAAGAGUUGUCCAGAAGACGAGGAUGACUUUUCAUUGUCCUUUUCGGAUGACGAACAACAACCACAACCACCCAAACAACAAGAACAACAACCAGAAAACACGACAAACACAUACGGGACGACUGGAACACGGCAACACGCCAUUUGCGAAACGACACGAUUGGCGGCAUUGAUUCGCGAUCAGACUCUGUGUGCCCAUUGUCACCAACAGGGAUCGCUCGAAUUGACGUUCUUGGCGACACGUGCGUCCAAAGCCGUGGGAUACAAGGAUGCCAUUCCCGUGGGAGCGCCCAAAUUGACGUGUCGCAAUUGUCAAUUUGUCGCAUUUGCCGGCAAUGCCACCAGCAAGACUAUUUUGACACCGCGGUAUCGGAAUAAAGAACAUGUCAACAAUAAAUAG